CCCAAAACAGAGAGAAGCGAGGCGGGGUUGGUUGGUGUGUCCCACUUCAACAACCUUCAGCAGAGAGCAGCGGGCGGGGUUGGUUGGUGUGUCUCACCGUCGGCGCCUUGCUCUCCUCGCCGGCGGCCCAAGGCCCUCUGCCGCCGCGAGGAUACGGCGGCAGGUAUGGACCAGCCGCGGUCGAGGAUGGCGGAGGACCUGGCGGCGCAGCGGGCGGCGUGCGAGCGGCGGAUCUCCGCCGGCCGAGACCGCUUCGCCUCCGCCUCGGCGGCCGUCCGCACCGCCGCCCUCUCCGCCCGAUCCGGCGCCCGCCAGUUCCACUCCCGCCGAGAGGACCUCGAUGGAUUCAAGAAGCGGCUGCGGGACCUGGGAGCUGACCUAGGGCAAGCCCUGUCCGACAAACUACGCGCUGAGUCGAAAUGCGAGCGCGUCAGGGAGUCGAUUUCAGCCUCGGCUGGUACGAGUGAGCAGCUCAGUAGCCUGAUUACCGAGCAAAGGAACAGGAGAGAGUGGCUUGCCACGGUCAUAUCGAAUGUGCUCGAGGCUGUCGAGGCUCUUGAAGCAACGAGCGAUGAAGAUGAUACAUGGAGGAAAGACAUAGAAAAAUCUCUAUGCUGGUAUCAAAACUUGCUUGGCUUCCAGGCUGUCGAUGGAGGAGAAGGCGUGAAAUUUGUAUUUGACAAGGUUGACUUGCAAAGUCCUGAGAAGGAGUUUUCAUUUUCGUUAAAGUUUGACAGUGAUAGAUAUACCUCAGUACUUCGAUGUAGUCCACCCGUGGAAGAUUCUGAGGAACUGAUGAAGGAUUUGAACCUCACUAACGAUCUAGUCAAGUUUGUAAGAAUAAUCCGACAGAGGUUCCAGGCUGCUGCUUUGAAUGGGGAUCUUCCUGUAAGCCCAUCUGUUUGUUCAGAUGCUUCCGCUAUACCCAUCUCAACUCCGGUGAUAAAGUCAGUUGACUCCAGAAGCAAAAAUGAUAGAGAUAGAAGUAAUUCUCAAAGUAAGAACAGGAAGCCGGCUCUUCCUGCUAAGAGAAAAGCUUCUGUCCUAUCGGCAGCAUCUCCUGGUUCUGUGCGUCGCUCCACGCGUUUUGUGGGGAACGAGGGAGUCACCAGCUGAUGCGUACCCUGACCUGGCCAAACUAAUUCUUAACCGAUGAUUUGGCCUUGGCCAUCCCGCUCUUCCCCCUGUAAACGUCGUUGCGCAGCAGACUCGGCUAUUGUUCAAUCCCCAUUAACUCCCCAAAUGCUAUUCUUCAGUCCCCUUUAACUAGCACCGAUGGCUUGGCUCGCAGAAAGCCUGCGGAAUCGUUUGUCGAUCGUUUAGAACAGAGUUUGGUGUGGCCUCCGAAGCGUUGGUGUGAUUUUGGACAUGGUUUUUGUUGCGGGGAGGCUUGGUGCCGAAGGUGGAUGUAAUUUUGGGUGUGGUUUGCUCUGUCUGCAAUGUAGGAUCUAUUGUUGAGCCUAUGUAGUGCCGUGCAAUGUUGUUCCCUACCGGUCGAGAUCUUCGGCGUAUGUUCAGUUCAUAGCCAUUUCGCCCGCUUGCAUCUGUUUAUGGCUAAUGCCACCAUACUUGUGUCGUGCCACACUUUUGUAGUAGCAUAUAAAUUUGUGUUAUGCUUUGCCAAAA